AUGGGCCUGCAGCCCGCCGCACCCUCGGCUCCCGUGUCGGGAGGCAGCGCCGCUCCCUUGGUCUCUCCUCCCGAGUGCGUCCGCACCACUUGCAUCGCCGUCGGCGCCUCGCAGGCCCCCUCGCUGCUGCAGCAGCCUCCGCCGCCAGUCCCGCUCCCCCUGGAAGGACGCUCUGGCCAGGAGCCCCCCGCCACCAAGGAUGCCGCCCCGCUACUGCCCAAAGAGGAGGAGGACGAGGCCGCCGCUCUGCCCCCCACCAGCGCUGCUGGCAGCACAUCGGCUGCCAGCCGGGAGUUCGAGGAGCGGAGGACGCAGCAGGAGGACAUAGAGGAGCUGGAGACCAAGGCGGUGGGCAUCUCCCCUGAUGGCCGCUUCCUGAAGUUUGACAUCGAGAUUGGAAGAGGCUCUUUCAAAACUGUGUAUAAAGGACUGGAUACUGAUACCACUGUGGAAGUCGCCUGGUGCGAGCUGCAGGUAAAGCAAAUAAAAGUGGUGAAUUAGUAGAGUGCAGCCAGGCUCCUAGGUGCUUGGCUGCAUGCUUGAGGGUGAUAAAAACCCAUCCAUUCAAGGUCUACGUAGACAGGGAACUGCGGAUCUUACUUGGGUCACUCCCUUUGGAGAAAAGUGCAGCCUUUCCUUGGAGUCUGAAUAUAUAUAUAUUUUCUUUUAAGAGAAUGUACUACAGUUCUGUUUCUUGUGACAUCUUGAAUUUUACAACCAUCGGAAGGUAACUUGGAGGCUUGUAGAAGUAGUUGAAAUGCAGUUUAGACAGGCUGAGGGAAAAAUUCUGUCAUAAAUUAAUGACAGCAGCUUCUCAAAAUUUGUUUUUAGGUGCUUCUCUUAGAACAGUAUUAAAAUGCAGUUUUCACAGAUGCUUUGUAUGUUUGUGGCACUGGGUUAUUGUGGGCUUAGAAUAUAACCUAAGUCAUUUAGAGCAGCAUACUGAGUUGUGCAAAGCUGUUUUUCAUUCUGAGAGCUAGGAUUCUUGCUUGAUACAGGUACAAGGAUGAAAUUAAUCAUAUCCUUUAUGAAGCUUUGAAAAGCCUCAUGCUUAACCUUUGCAGAUGAUUGGUGGGUAAAACUAAAGUGAGAAUAGGGCCACGAUUCUCCCAGUCCUGAUAUAAUGAUGGCAGAAACACCCUUAGUUCAUGCGAGUCAGAGCUUGUGUAACUGAGAGACAGGUUGCUGUGCAACAGCCUUAAAAGAAGUGGGAAGAGCUGGGGUACCAGGAGCAAGUAUCUGAUGUAAUAUUUGGCUUUCAAAGCCUCAGUGUUAAAUUAAAAAGAUAGUGCUUACUUUUUAGUAUUGUUUCAGUACAGUCUACAGAGGGAUUCAUGUACUAUGGCUUCAUUAUUCUGUGUGUUCUGAUGCAAUUUAGGGCAGACAAAAGAGCAUUGGGUCAAAAUCCCAGGAGCUUUGGAGGAGGAUCAGAGCAGAUAGCUCCCUGCAGUACUAUAGGGAGACUUUGUUCUCCUCAAAAGCAAUUUUGUAUCUCAUCCUUCAACAGUACCUUUGUAGAUUAUGUUAUUGCCCUUGCUCUAUGCUUAGUGGCUGUAGAAAUAAGCUUCCAGUUUUCUGAGACCUUUAAGCACGCACCCUUCCUACAUGCCGUUCUUCCUGUGGCAGUCUUCUGAGCAUGAAUUUUAACUAGCGUUGGGCCCUGCUUAAGCUUUUUAUAUGCAGUCUGAACUGAGAUUAAUCCUCCAAAAAGAUAUGAAUUUCUAUUUGAAAUUUUAAUCUUUGUAAUUUUGGAGUUCCUUCAUGUUAACCUCUAAAAUCUGUUUUAAUCUUUACAGUGUACUUACUGAUCAGAAACUAAUGACAGCUUGGUAUCAGUCACUUUCCAAUAAUACCACCUCUGUUGAACUGUCUUAGUCAUCUUCCAUACUGUGUGAAAAAAUGGUCCAAAGAAGCACCUUCUUUGAAGCAAUGUAAUAAAAAAGCUCAUUUACGAAGAGUAUGUCGCUGAGCUUUCAGUUGUUUGAAGAAUUUCAUGAGUAGUUUCUAAAAUGACGGUGAGACUGCAAAUAUUGGUUGGGGGAAAAUGUUGGAUGUUCUCCUUGAGGGCUACAUAUACUGAAGGAGUACCUUACAAAUGAAAUUAUUUUAGAGGCUGUAGCUUUCCUCUCAUAAGGAGGCUGCAUGCAAGAUGAUGCUUUUAAAACAUAUACUUCUAAAAGCUACAAAAAUUAUGUUUUUCUUGAGGGAGCAACUCUGUAUGGUUAAGGAUAUUGAGAUAAGGUCUUGUUUUAUUACGUCUAGAAAUAAAAGGAGGAACUUGGGAGCUAUUGGUAUGAUGGCUACAUGCUGUUCUUUAUCUAGGAAAACAUAAAUGUUGACAGGACAAUGAAAUUCUUUAUGCAUGUUUUCUGUCAAUGUCUGAAUUCAUGAAAUGGUCAAAAUUAAAAUGUCAUCUUGG